AUGCACAUUUUUAAAAUUCAGACCACAAAAACAACCAUAAAAGUUGCCCGUUCUAGUUUAUUAUGCAUGCUAUUACUAAUUAGCUUAGGAUUCAUACGAACCACUUUCUCUGUACUAAGUAUUUAAAAUCAUUUAUUCGGCAUUUUGAUUCAUUACUUUGAUUUCGGCUAAUUGCUACUUUUUAAAUAUUUCAGCAAUCCCUUUAACAGUUCAGCUGUUUAGAUUCAAAAGAAACUUCCUUCAUCAUGCACUUUUGAAUAUUCAAGGUGCAUGGUUUAAGAGGACCAUACACUAUGCUUUAUAAACCAAAGAGUUAUGGACAUCUUAUAAGAGGAAAAGAAUAAGUAGAAAUAGAAAUAUCUUCAAAAAGUAUCAACCUUGUACACUUUUCUAUGUGAUUUCGAGAAGUAAAAGUAUCUGGACUCAAAGAUUCAAUUGUUCAAAGAUAAGACUUUGACCGUUUAAAAAGUAACUAAAGGCACAUUUUUCAGAAUUACUGAAACUUCUUUCAAAUUGAUAGUUACUAAUAAUAAGUUAAGCAAUAGAUUAUAACAGGGAAUAAUUGAUGAUAGCUACCAGAAGCUUUCCAAAAAAGAACUCAAAAACAAUUAGCUAGCUAUUUUCGAGUAUUUUUACAUUAAAUAGAUUUAUGCAUAAUUUAUGGAUAAAGGAAAGCUAUCUAUGGUUGUUUAAGACCCUUAGAAUCGAGAAAAGGAGUUUAAAGUGAUGGUGCAUGAUGCUCCACCAGAGAUGCUAAAAAAAUUCUGUCAAUCUUAUGACACUGCCUCAAAGGAACUGAAAACCAAAUAAGAUCUGAAUAUUUAAUAGAGAGAAGAGCAUUUGAACAAGAGGAAAAAUAAGAUUUUAGAAAAGCAAAAUUUCAAGGAUAAAAAAGAUGAGAAGAAGUUUAAGACACCUCUAGCUAUGCUUUUGAAAAGAUCAAAAAAAUCAUAAAUCGUUAGCUAGUGA